AGAAUUGUCGUAUAAUUUACGAUAAACAAACCAGAGGCGCCACAUGCGCACUUUUAAAAAUAAAGUGGGAACAGCGUAAAGUGCUGUGUAAAUUUUUUACCUUAACAAAGUGUUUUUUGUUAGCUCCUGCUUGAGGUGUAUAAGCUUUACGUCACUCGAGUUACACGAAAUGUGUAAUUGCUUCAUUUGCGUUUUUUGUAAAUCAUUCGCAAGUCGGUGUGGGUUGUGCGUUUUAUGAUUUUUGUGCAAGAUUUUUUACCCGAACUUGACCUAAUGCUACUCUACUAUUUAAAUUACGAUCAAUUAUGAAAGUCAUGAGCACGCCUUAUUGUGUUGCUGCACUUCCACGGAUGUUUAUAUCCUCUUGAAGUUUGCGAAUUAAUAAUAAAUAUUCUCUUUUAAUGCAUGGCAACCAUGACGCUUCCCACGGUUGAGAUAUGGAAUGAAAAAUAUUGACGUAUUUCUUUUUUAAUUUUAUGAAGGCGGUAAUUGAAGUUUUGUGUUCUGUAACACAAUACAUGGAUUAACACAGUGGCGUAUCUUGCAUUUCCGAGCUUAUCCUUUAAUGUCGUUAUGCACAAAGCAACGCAUUGUUUGUAAUUAAGGUUCGUGAACGUGAAAUUUGUACUGGAAAUUAUGACCUUUCAUGUAUAUAAUGUACCUAUUCUAUUCCUUAGCUUUGGUAAAAAUCACGUUAUCUACUAAUUGCACCUGCAUGCUUAAUCACAUCAUCGAGAUUUUGCUUGAUGCGGAUUCCUGAUGGUGCUUCAAAACGUGUACUUCCGUAAAGAAAGUGGGGGGGGGGGUCAUUUUUUACCCCAAUUACCCCUUUACUAACGUGCGAGUGGUAAAAAUUGAAUGGCGCAAAUACAAAGGUUAGGUUGUGCACGCGCAAAUUUUUCCAUUUGUAUAUACUUGCUUGAGGUUUACACAGAAAACCGGAAUUCAUACAUAUUCCUUGCAACAAGAAUUAUAAAAGAUAAACCCUUCUUUGUGGAGGUUUUGAUGGGCUGAAACUUUUUGGCUCGAUAGUCUAGGUAGCCGAAAAUGGCGACCUUUCUUAUAUCCUGAAGAAUGUACCAAUUUCCAAAGCUAUCGGACGUUUCUAAACAAAGUUAUGGUGCAUACGGACAGAGAGAUGGAUAGACAGGCAUACGGACAGACAGACAGAAGUCAAUACAAAAUAUAUAAACCAUCUUGCUUAUGGAAUAUCCGAUGCUUUGCAAGCCUGGCCAGUGAGAAUGGCGCCAGCUAUACUGAAUGCGUUUAAUUGGACAAGAGCAUAAACAAUAGAAUUUCAGGGGGGUGAUAAAAACCUGUUAAACUAUAUUUGAUUCACAUUAGCCUUAGGUAGGCACUGAUACCAUUUUGAAUCACUCACUCAAACUUGUCAUCAUAAGUUGUGUUUAUCAUUUUAUCAAAUUUGAAACGACCGUUAAAUAAAACACAUUAAAAUUUGAAAAAUGAAGUACUUUUUACGUAUUUGGGCCGUCUGGUAAAUAUUCCUAUCGAAAAAGUGACAAUUUUGUAUUAUUAAAUCAAAGUGGUUUGAAUUUUUUUCCCCCCAAAUUAGUUUAAAUUUAGCGUACAAACCAAACGUUAGGAUUGGUUAAGUACCUUGAAAAUGAACCAAUCACAGGUUAACAACGUGUCUGGCUAAAAACUAGAUGGCAUAUAAAUAAAAUAUCAAACUAGCAUGAACUACUUUAACAGAUAAAUUAAUAAUAUCAUUAUUAUGAAUAAAAUAAUUUUAAGUUUUCUCUUUUUAACACUAAUUUUACAUACAGAGAGCACUGUGCAUAUAGACGUGAAAGAGUUGCAAUGUUUAAUAUGUAAAGUAGCAAUAGAUGAAUUACACACUUUAAUUAAACAAAUUGAUCCCAAUCGAAAGGUGGAUGUUGGCGGCUACAGGAUAGAUUCUACAGGAAAUUUUCAGCAGAAGACAGUUUCCGAAGCGAAAUCCGAAGUUCACCUUUCCGAAUUGGCGGAUAAAGCGUGUGAUAAAAUUGACGAUUACGUUCGUGCAACCUGGAAGGACAGCGGGAAGCUCACUCUGUUAAGGUUAACGACCAGCUCGGGUUCACUCAAUUCCGAUAUUAGCUCGGUGGAUAUUAUACAAGAUGAUGAUUUAAAUAAAAGCUUAAAGUACUACUGUGAUGGAAUUAUAAAUGAUUACGAGGAUAGUAUUAUUGAUCAUUUCAAAAAUGAAGGCGAUGUAGCUUAUGAAGUGUGCAAUCGAGAAUCUAAUUUAUGUACAGAGUUUGAUAAGGGUGAUGAAAAACGUACUGUCGACGAGUUAUGAUUCAUAUAUUGAUUACCUGCUGUUCUACUUAUACAUUCCUCUUUGUGAUUGAAUUUUUUUUUUGUUGAUUGUUAUAAACGAUCAGUCGGUUGUGAUCCCAACUAAAUCGUUGAACUAAGACUAAAA